AUGCCCUCCUUCCCAUGCUCCCCUUCCCAUGCCCUCCUUCCCAUGCUCCCCUUCCCAUGCCCUCCUUCCCAUGCUCCCCUUCCCAUGCCCUCCUUCCCAUGCUCCCCUUCCCAUGCCCUCCUUCCCAUGCUCCCCUUCCCAUGCCCUCCUUCCCAUGCUCCCCUUCCCAUGCCCUCCUUCCCAUGCUCCCCUUCCCAUGCCCUCCUUCCCAUGCUCCCCUUCCCAUGCCCUCCUUCCCAUGCUCCCCUUCCCAUGCCCUCCUUCCCAUGCUCCCCUUCCCAUGCCCUCCUUCCCAUGCUCCCCUUCCCAUGCCCUCCUUCCCAUGCUCCCCUUCCCAUGCCCUCCUUCCCAUGCUCCCCUUCCCAUGCCCUCCUUCCCAUGCUCCCCUUCCCAUGCCCUCCUUCCCAUGCUCCCCUUCCCAUGCCCUCCUUCCCAUGCUCCCCUUCCCAUGCCCUCCUUCCCAUGCUCCCCUUCCCAUGCCCUCCUUCCCAUGCUCCCCUUCCCAUGCCCUCCUUCCCAUGCUCCCCUUCCCAUGCCCUCCUUCCCAUGCUCCCCUUCCCAUGCCCUCCUUCCCAUGCUCCCCUUCCCAUGCCCUCCUUCCCAUGCUCCCCUUCCCAUGCCCUCCUUCCCAUGCUCCCCUUCCCAUGCCCUCCUUCCCAUGCUCCCCUUCCAAUGCCCUCCUUCCCAUGCUCCCCUUCCCAUGCCCUCCUUCCCAUGCUCCCCUUCCCAUGCCCUCCUUCCCAUGCUCCCCUUCCCAUGCCCUCCUUCCCAUGCUCCCCUUCCCAUGCCCUCCUUCCCAUGCUCCCCUUCCCAUGCCCUCCUUCCCAUGCUCCCCUUCCCAUGCCCUCCUUCCCAUGCUCCCCUUCCCAUGCCCUCCUUCCCAUGCUCCCCUUCCCAUGCCCUCCUUCCCAUGCUCCCCUUCCCAUGCCCUCCUUCCCAUGCUCCCCUUCCCAUGCCCUCCUUCCCAUGCUCCCCUUCCCAUGCCCACCUUCCCAUGCUCCCCUUCCCAUGCCCUCCUUCCCAUGCUCCCCUUCCCAUGCCCUCCUUCCCAUGCUCCCCUUCCCAUGCCCUCCUUCCCAUGCUCCCCUUCCCAUGCCCUCCUUCCCAUGCUCCCCUUCCCAUGCCCUCCUUCCCAUGCUCCCCUUCCCAUGCCCUCCUUCCCAUGCUCCCCUUCCCAUGCCCUCCUUCCCAUGCUCCCCUUCCCAUGCCCUCCUUCCCAUGCUCCCCUUCCCAUGCCCUCCUUCCCAUGCUCCCCUUCCCAUGCCCUCCUUCCCAUGCUCCCCUUCCCAUGCCCUCCUUCCCAUGCUCCCCUUCCCAUGCCCUCCUUCCCAUGCUCCCCUUCCCAUGCCCUCCUUCCCAUGCUCCCCUUCCCAUGCCCUCCUUCCCAUGCUCCCCUUCCCAUGCCCUCCUUCCCAUGCUCCCCUUCCCAUGCCCUCCUUCCCAUGCUCCCCUUCCCAUGCCCUCCUUCCCAUGCUCCCCUUCCCAUGCCCUCCUUCCCAUGCUCCCCUUCCCAUGCCCUCCUUCCCAUGCUCCCCUUCCCAUGCCCUCCUUCCCAUGCUCCCCUUCCCAUGCCCUCCUUCCCAUGCUCCCCUUCCCAUGCCCUCCUUCCCAUGCUCCCCUUCCCAUGCCCUCCUUCCCAUGCUCCCCUUCCCAUGCUCCCCUUCCCAUGCCCUCCUUCCCAUGCUCCCCUUCCCAUGCCCUCCUUCCCAUGCUCCCCUUCCCAUGCUCCCCUUCCCAUGCCCUCCUUCCCAUGCUCCCCUUCCCAUGCCCUCCUUCCCAUGCUCCCCUUCCCAUGCCCUCCUUCCCAUGCUCCCCUUCCCAUGCCCUCCUUCCCAUGCUCCCCUUCCCAUGCCCUCCUUCCCAUGCUCCCCUUCCCAUGCUCCCCUUCCCAUGCCCUCCUUCCCAUGCUCCCCUUCCCAUGCCCUCCUUCCCAUGCUCCCCUUCCCAUGCUCCCCUUCCCAUGCCCUCCUUCCCAUGCUCCCCUUCCCAUGCCCUCCUUCCCAUGCUCCCCUUCCCAUGCCCUCCUUCCCAUGCUCCCCUUCCCAUGCCCUCCUUCCCAUGCUCCCCUUCCCAUGCCCUCCUUCCCAUGCUCCCCUUCCCAUGCCCUCCUUCCCAUGCUCCCCUUCCCAUGCCCUCCUUCCCAUGCUCCCCUUCCCAUGCCCUCCUUCCCAUGCUCCCCUUCCCAUGCCCUCCUUCCCAUGCUCCCCUUCCCAUGCCCUCCUUCCCAUGCUCCCCUUCCCAUGCCCUCCUUCCCAUGCUCCCCUUCCCAUGCUCCCCUUCCCAUGCCCUCCUUCCCAUGCUCCCCUUCCCAUGCCCUCCUUCCCAUGCUCCCCUUCCCAUGCCCUCCUUCCCAUGCUCCCCUUCCCAUGCCCUCCUUCCCAUGCUCCCCUUCCCAUGCCCUCCUUCCCAUGCUCCCCUUCCCAUGCCCUCCUUCCCAACGUGCGUUUGCACAGGGAACCCUGGAUUAGAACCAACUGCCUCAGAUCCCGCGUCCACCUCCUCUGGCGCCCCUUUUCCCCCCCCGACCCCCCCCCCUCCCCCCCACCCUUUUCCUCCCCCCCCCCCCCCCGCCCUUCGGGAAACCCUCUUUCUCCCCCUCCCCUUCCCCCCCUUUCCUCCCGCCGCUCCCCAACAUGUGUCCGCACAGGGAACCCUAGGUUAGAAGCAACCACCUCAGAUGCCACCUCCACCAACUCCAUUGCUGAUGCGCCCCAACCCCACCCCGCCCCUCCCCUCCCUUCCCCAACCCCGCUCUGCCCCUACCCUCCCCUGUCCCCCUACCCUCCCCUGUCCCCCUACCCUCCCCUGUCCCCCUACCCUCCCCUGUCCCCCUACCCUCCCCUGUCCCCCUACCCUCCCCUGUCCCCCUACCCUCCCCUGUCCCCCUACCCUCCCCUGUCCCCCUGUACCCUCCCCUGUCCCCCUACCCUCCCCUGUCCCCCUACCCUCCCCUGUCCCCCUACCCUCCCCUGUCCCCCUACCCUACCCUACCCUACCCUCUCGGCACAGGCAACCCGAGGCAACCCAAGGUUAGAAGCAGCCACCUCAGAUGCCACCUCCACCAGCUCUGCCGGCCUCUCCGCCGCCCAGUCGAUGUCGUCUGGGUCCAAGGACGGGCGGGGCGCCGCCCGCAAGUUCCGGCUGCACGAGCUGCGGGCGGCGACGUCGUCUUUUAGCAAGAAGGCGGUGCUGGGGCGGGGCAGCUUUGGGGAGGUGUAUCUGGGGAAGCUGGGUGGGAAGGAGAGCAAGGAGGUGGUGGAGGUGGCGGUGAAGAAGCUGAACCCAGAAAGUUCACAGGGGCUGGACGAAUGGCUGGCGGAGAUAGUGUUACUAAGGAAGCUGCACCACCCCAAUCUGGUGGAGCUCAUAGGCUACUGUGCUGAGAAGAGCGAGGCGCUGCUGGUCUAUGGGUUGUGCCCCAAUGGGAGCCUGGACGACCGGUUGUUUCCCCGGCGAGAGAGUGACAUCAUUGACUGGCCCACACGCGUGCGGGUAGCGCAGGGAGCAGCGCAGGGGCUGCUGCACCUGCACGAGAACAAGGUCAUUCACCGCGACUUAAAGCCCUCCAACAUCUUAUUGGAUAAGGACAUGCAAGCGCGCAUCACAGACUUCGGCAUGGCGAAGCAGUCAGCCAGCAGUGUGAGCCACAUCUCGACACGUGUGAUGGGCACCAUGGGGUACCUGGACCCCGAAUACAUGGAGACGGGGUGUCUGAGGGACAAGAGCGACGUCUAUUCACUCGGAGUUAUCUUGUUACAGAUGCUCACAGGCCGCGAUGCUGUUUCCAAAGAAGGAAACGUGAAGCUAGUGGCGUGGAUGGGGCCGCACCUGCACCCCAACGUCACCGAGCCUGAAGCUUGGAUCGACCCGAACCUGCAGGGCAGGUUCUCUCGCCGGGGCGCCAAGAUGCUGGCAGCCGUGGCAAAGCAGUGUGCCGCCCGGCACAAGGAGGACCGGCCAGAGAUGAGUGACGUGGCACAAGCUCUCAUGUCCGUGCCUCUUGUCGAUUGA